AUGUCGUCCAGUUCCGAACGCACACUCACAACCACCACCAUCUCCUCCCCAAACACCCACCCAAACUCCCUCCCUAGUGCGCACCAUUUUCAGUCGCUUAAAUUUACCCAUCGGAACUACCUGUAUUGGAAAACCCAAAUAAUUCCCUUCUUAAGAGGACAACGACUCCUCGGCUUCAUUGAUGGCACACGGCCGUGCCCCUCUCCGGUCAUCGAACUGCCGGCCAGUAGCCCGGCAGAUGCGGCGUCUGUUGUCGCGAAUCCGGAGCAUGAAGCUUGGAUUGAGCAGGACGCCUCUAUUUUGUCGCUGCUCAUAUCCUCAAUUUCUGAAGAGGUUAUGUAUCUCACUCUCGGCCAGACAACGUCUCAUGCAGUGUGGCUUGCGGCGGAAACGGCGCUCGGCUCCUCCUCCCAAGUCCGCUGCCUCAACCUCAUGGGGCAGUUUCAAGCACUCCGGCAGGGAGAUAGCUCCACACCGGAGUACCUCGUGCUCAGCAUCUAG